CGCAAAGCAUGUAACUUUUGGUGGUCCAACGCGAAGAAGGAACUCACGUCGACGUCAAAACAACAAGUGUCGAACAACAGCAACAACACCAUCUUCAACUCUGCACUGAAACCAGACAACAACAACAACAACAACAACAACAAAUUCAUAAUGGACCCCGCAUCUCCAUCGCCCGUCUCACAAAUCAUGAACUCUCCUGGGCUUCCGCCCAUUCCAGACCACAUCAUCGUAACGUUCGAGGGAAAAGUCCGAGAAAUGCUGCGGAUAACACGCGACUCGACGGAUGAGAAGCAGAGAGGACGAUCGGGGUCGAGGCAGCGGUACUAUACGGGGGACAGGUCACCGAAGCGGGAAAUCGAUUGAGGCCGUCGGAUGUGCAGGGUACGGAAAUCCGUAAUUACGAUUGGACAAAAUAUGAUCUUGCGUCGUCGACGAUACCAUGGCGUUUAAGGGGGUGGGAAUUUCGGGUCAUCCAAGGACACCUGGGGCUGAGUACCUCCAGCAUCUUCCCUGGGUUGGUGGGAGCUUGAUCAAUAUCACUUCAUCCUUUUCAGAAUGUAGCUUCUUUCGUUAUUCGAUGCGUGGAUCCAACGACAGUGAAUACUCCUGCAAGCUUAUUC